CGAAACGAAUCAAUUGACUCCACAUUCACCCGUCGCGACUACAGAAUACUCCUGCUUCCUUUCGCUCUCCAGUUGCACCGGGAAAUAAAAACAGAAGCAGGUGCCAUGUCGUCCCUCGAGGAGAAACUUGACCGCAUUCGGUCACCAAAACAGAAAAACCAGCAGCAGGUUACUGUUGUCCUCAAUGCCGUCGAAGAUAUCCUGCGUGAUCAGAGUACCGAAUUCACAGCCACAGCGUACUUCGUUGCACUUCUCUCCCUCCUCCAGCAGUCAAUUUCCUCCUCCGCAAUCCUGAACAAAGACCUCGCCGCGUCCACGGUCUACCUCCUCGAUCUCGUCACCCCACACGCUCCAGCGCCGCUUCUACGAGCGAAAUUCGUGCCGAUCCUGACACAUCUUGCGCCUACACUCACAAAUGCCGAAGUUGAGGCGCCCUUACUGCGAAGCUCAAUCGGUGUGUUGGAGAGUCUUUUGGUCGCACAGGAUGGGACAAGUUGGGCGAUUCCACCGAAGGAGAUUGGACCACGGAGAGCUGUUGCUGGACUGCUAAACCUUGGGCUGGACGAUCGACCGAAGGUGCGGAAGCGCGCACAAGAGGCUCUUACCACAGUCCUGAAGAAUGCACCACCGAGCCCCAGUCUGGAGCACCCGGCGAGCGAUAUGUGCGCGGCAACUACACUGUCUAGUGUUCAGGAGUUGUUGAAAAUGAGCGAGGCGCAGAAGAAGAAGGGCGGUGAACACGAUCCUCGAGUAAUCCACUCUUUGCAACUGGUCAAAGCUGUGGCUGCAGCCGGCACAUGGCCCAGCAAAAGGAUCGAGGGACUCUGUGAGACUCUGCUUCAGAUUGCCAGAGGUGGUAACGAGUUCAUGACUAUGGCCGCACUAGGAGUGUUCGAGGAGAUCUUCACUGGGUUAGCGGAUGAGGUUGGAGGCGGAAAGUUAGAAGUGGUUCUUGAGGCCAUCCAGGAGCUACGGCCAUCGAACAGCGACUCUCAGCUCCUUCCCCCGUGGCUGGCAGUCACGGCUCGAGGAUACGAAGUCUACGCACAAGUUUCGUCCGACAUCGCGUUCACCAAGCUUCCUACGCUCUACGAAAUGGUCUCCACUUUCCUUGAAUCCUCAGCCGAGAAUAUACGCACAUCUAGCGCCCAGUGUCUCAUAUCCCUCACCGAGUCCAUGAUCCCCGAUAGUGCUUUGCUUGAUAUUACUCGCACCACAGAAUCAGUCUUCCAGAAAAUUGCGAAAAUUGCGACUGAUCUGCUGAGUGUCCGAUAUCAAGGUGCAUGGAUGGAGGUCUUUGAUAUUCUCUCCGCCCUUUUUGUCAAACUGAGGUGGCGAUCGGACCCCGUUUUGCGCGAGGCCGUAAAGGUUUUGGGUGAACUCCGCAGCAAUGACGGGUUUCAGGGGAAAAAACAGGCCGAUGAGGUGCUUGCAAAGGCGAUCCGUGCUAUGGGUCCCGACGUUGUCCUCUCCAUCCUGCCAUUGGGGCUGUCAAAACCAAUUCCCGGCCAGCCGGGAAGAGCUUGGAUGUUGCCUAUCCUCCGUGGUGCGACUUUCAACACCAAGCUUGCGCACUUCCGUUCCGAGAUGGUCCCACUGUCUGAAAUUUUCUUCCAGAGGGUUGUCGACUUUGGUGAGGACAAAGAAAAGACUGUAGAGAUCAAGAUCUUCGAGACUCUCGUUGGCCAAAUCUGGGAUCUCCUGCCAGGUUACUGCAACCUGCCCUCUGAUCUUACUGAGACUUUCGACCAGGCGUUCGCCGAGCUUCUCGCAAAUGUUGUCUAUCAGAAGGUCGAGCUCCGCAAGAACAUCUGCAAGGCGCUGCAAAAUCUUGUUGAUUCCAACAAGGCUAUCUUGGAGACAGAGACGGACGAUGAUGAUGAGGAAGACCUUGUUGCGCAGCACCGGGUCUCGAAGGAACAGGCGCAAGCGAACAUCGACCAUCUUGCAAAGUUUUCCGGUAACUUGCUUGCCGUUCUGUUCAACGUCUACAGCAGCACGCUCCCUCAGUUCCGUGGCUUCAUUCUCCAGUGCCUCAACUCCUUCCUCAGCAUUACUCCCCACGCUGAACUCAUGGAUACUUUCUCCAAAGUCUCGACCAUGUUGGAGUCUUCCCUCGCGGAGUUGUCAGCACAGACCCAGGCGGACAAGCAGAAGAAGAAGAAGGAUGCCUCGGCAAUGCCCCCAAUGGCUCACACACUGAUGGAUUUGGUCAUCACCAUUACGCCCUACCUGCCGGCAGAUUCAUACCAGACCCUCUUUGCGAUCUUCAGUGCAACGGUCAACAAGGAGUCUGACCCCCAACUGCAGAAGAAGGCCUACAAAGUUAUCCCCCGUCUCGCUGAAACAGAAACCGGUCGUGCAGCACUCGAAACUCAGCACGAGGCUCUGCAAACCCUGCUUAUCGACUCCGCGGCCACCGUCACACCCCCGGCACGCCGUGAUCGUCUUAUUGCCCUCUCCACCAUAGUGGAGUUCAUCCCCAAGGAGGACCUACACUUCAUUCCUUCCGUUCUCUCCGAGGUCGUCAUCUCUGCUAAGGAGGUGAAUGAGAAGGCUCGUACUGCCGCCUUCGACAUCCUCGUCGCCAUGGGUGAGAAGAUGAGGGAGGGUGGAAUCGUCGUCAACCGCAAGGUGGAACACAUGGCCGACGAUGCCCCCGACGUUCCCGCCUCGCUCGAGGAGUACUUCACCAUGGUUUCUGCCGGUCUUGCCGGCAGUGCCCCACACAUGGUUUCCGCGUCUAUCACCGCGCUUACCAGGAUCAUGUGGCAAUUCAAGGACGACGUGGACCAAAACCUGCUCUCUGAGCUCGUCGCAACCCUCGAUCUCUUCCUUACCUCCAAGAACAGAGAGAUUGUUCGCAGUGUCCUUGGUUUCAUUAAGGUGUGCGUCAUUUCGCUGCCAAAGGAGAUGAUGGAGCCGCGAUUCAAGACGUUGAUUCCCAACCUUAUGGUGUGGAGUCACGAGCACAAGGCACAUUUCAAGGCCAAGGUGAAGCACAUCAUCGAGCGUCUCAUCCGAAGAUUCGGCGUGCCAGUGGUGGAACGCUACACUCCCGAGGAGGACAAGAAGCUCAUCGCCAAUAUCCGCAAGACUCGCGAGCGCCGCAAGAGAAAGAAGGACGAGGCUAAGGCCACCGGUGAGGAGGAAGAGGACAGCGAUCAUGAUGCUACCGAUGUUGUCGAGAAGCCCCGCCGGAAGAACAGAUUCGAGAACGAAUUUGACGAUGCGCUCUACGGAUCUGAGUCUGAGUCGGAGGCCGGUAGCGACACCGAAAUGGCCGCUGCACCUAGGGUUAAGAGGGAUUCGAAGAAGGGACAGCAGUUCAUCGUCGAGGAUGAAGACGAGCCGCUGGAUCUCCUCGACCGUAAGAGUUUGGCGCACAUUUCUACUACCCGCCCGCUCAAGCAGAAUGCCAGACAGAAGAAACCGUCCAAGGCCAAGUUUAACGAGGAUGGAAAGCUCAUUCUGGGUGACAGCGACGAUGAGAUGAUUAUCCCUACUGCCAGAAAGGAUGACGACGGCGAUCUGGAUAUGGGCGGUGACGGUGUGGGUGCGUAUGUUGAGGCCGUCAGCGGGAAGAACGCCUACACGCGUGGUCUCAAGGGCAAGGUCAAGUUCUCGAACAAGAGGGCUAGGGAGGGAGAUCAGGAGAUGGAGUUGGAUGACGAUGAGCGAGAGAAGCCGAGCUCCAGCGAGAACACCGGGAGGAGGACUGGUGGGCCGGGACGUGGUGGUCGCGGUGGUUUCAAGAAGCAGAUGUCGGAUAGAAAACCACUUGGACAAGUCAGGGAGGGCAGGGCGGGCAAGACAAAUAGGGGAAGGCGGUAAAGAGCAGGGAAAUGUUGUGUGUAUAUUGUUUUUCGGAAAAGUUUGUGUUUUGAUGGGUGACGAAUUGACGUCUUCGUUUAUAGUAGUCACUAGUAGGCUGCCUUUCAGAAGACGUUUCUAGAACAUGUACUUAAUCGAAUGAUCAGGUGGGG